AUGCAGACGGUCAAGGAAAAAGGGAUCGAUAUCCUGUUCUGCAGCGAGCAACGUAGGAAGAACGAUCUCGCUCCCUGGUACCAGAAUAAAUCAGGUAGGGCCGCUGUCCAAGUGUGCAAUCCUGAGCUGCGGGUUGCCAGGUACCUGGAAACGAGCAGUGGAUUCGUUUGGGUAGAGGUUUCGGGCAUACGUAUGUACAGCUGCUACUUCUCGCCAAACGAUGCACUGACGAACUUUGAAGCUGACAUUCAGCAACUCGAGUCGAGUUUUAGAGAAUCCAGGUUGGAUGUACUCGUCACCGGGGAUUUGAAUGCUAAGUCGCCGGGGUGGGGCGAGUCAAGGCUCGAUAAAAGAGGCAGAGUAAUCGGAGAAAUGGUCUCCAGGAGCAAUUUAACAAUUGUGAACCGGGGAAGGACAUGGACGUUUAGGAGAGGUGCAAUUGGAUCGAUCAUUGAUCUUACGAUUGCAUCAUCUCCUCUAUUCAGACGCAUAAGCGAAUGGCGAGUCUCUGAGGAGUAUACCCCAAGUGACCACCAGUACAUCGAGUUUUCAGUCUCAGUGGGAGACACAGGAAAUGGCGGAAGACAGGAAGCACCGUGUCGAAAACGCCUCUCCUGGAAUGUGAAGAAAAUCAAUAAGGAGAAAUUUUUCCGAUCCCUGGAAGAAUCCCGCCUCAUUGAGGAAUUGGGUUGGGUACAGAGGCCAAAUACCCUGGAUGCAGAGGGACGAGCGGUGAUGAAAACCAUCACCGCUGCCUGCGAUGCAUCUAUGCCGCGUCGCGGGUGUACCGCUUCACGUAAAAGCUCGGUGCACUGGUGGUCGGAUGCGCUGGCCUCCUUGCGGAAAGCGUGCUUCAAAGCUAAAAGGAAUUAUACCCGUUCUAAGGGAGAUCUUUUGCUAAAGGAAGUAUUUAAGGAGGCCAAGAAAAGCCUGAAAAAAGAGAUUCGAACGUCACAACGCCGUUGCUGGAAAGACCUAAUUGAUGAUGUCGAGAAGGAUCCAUGGGGUCUGGCUUUUAAAAUCGUUACUAAGAAAUUAGGAACGAGGCAAAAAACCCUCCGGCCUGGACAAUCCCGAUUGGGUCAGAAGGAUUAUAAAAGCUCUAUUCCCUCCUGCAGAACCGUGGGUUAG